AAGAGACAGGACCAAGUUCUCGCCAUCUCUCGGCGGUCGGUUGCAAGUAGAAGCUGGGUAGGGCUUUGGAUAGAAUAGAAGUCCGUAUCUUCGCAUGAUUCGAGAACUCUAUCAGAAUUUUCAAGUCAAGCUGGGAUGGAUGUACUUCAACUGAGACAAAACAAACAUAACAUUGGCAGCUGAUCCAUGCAUAGAUGAAGCAGAUCUUUAUCACAAUGCCACAUGUAAUGCUGAAAAGAGGUGUUUUCUCGAUUGGCCUGUUUCUUACAAGUCACCAUAGCAACUGUUUAAGACUUCACAGGACAAAGAACAUAGGAAAGGUUCUUUUCGCUCAGAGACAGUGUCAUGUUCACUGUCAGACAGGCCAGGAUCGGAGAUGGAAUGUGAUGUUCUUCGGGACUGAUCAUUUCUCACUUCCUCAUUUGCAGCUUAUGGAAGAAUCAAGACAGAAUGGCCACUUGAUUGACAAGCUUGAAGUUGUAGUUCCACAAAGCACGUUCAUCAAACGGCGAGGUAAAACCAGAAAACCAUCUCCAGUCUGGGAGUUUUGUCAAGAACAGCAUCUCACCUGUCACCAAUGGCCUCUGGAUGAUAACAUAUCUGGGUUCGAUGUUGGGAUCACAGUCUCUUUUGGCCAUCUACUACCAGAGUGGCUCAUCAAUAGUUUUCCACUAGGUAUACUCAAUGUGCAUCCCAGUCUCCUGCCUAGAUGGAGGGGAGGUGCACCUAUCCAGCAUACUAUACUCAAUGGUGAUGAAGUCACUGGGGUCUCCAUCAUGAGAAUCCACCCAUACAGAUUUGAUGUUGGACCCAUCCUUCUUCAGAGGGAGUACAAUGUUCCAAGCAACAGUACAACAAAAAGUCUUACCCAUCUUCUUGCCAAAAAGGGUUCAGAAUUGUUAUCGGAAGUCCUUCACAACCUUACUGAGUUUAUUGAAUAUGAAAUGCCACAGAGUGAAGAGGGCGCUACAGUAGGACUCAAAAUACCAAAUAAACUAGCCUGGAUAGACUGGGGAGCUACAACUCAGGAAAUAGACAGAUUGUACAGGGCCAUUGGAGAACAGAUGCCCCUGAAAUCUCUCUUUGGAGAAGAAGAAUUGAGACUUGAACAGAUGGUAUCUCCAGCAGAUUGCUCAGAUCAUCCAAUCUAUGAGGGGGAUGAACCAGGUCUCAUUUCUUUCCCCCAAAAUAAAAGCAUCAUCUAUGUAAGAUGUAAGGAUGGCUGGGUUGGAUUCUGCUCCAUCUCACCCAUCGGGAGGAAGAGGAUGACAGCCAAAGAGUUCUACAAUGGUUAUCUAUCAGGUCGGAGGAGAGAUGAUGAGGAGAGGAGAUGUUUUAAGAAUCAUGAUGCCACAAAUAGAUGACCCCACAUCUUCUUUCUGUGAGAGAACCUCUAAGACACUUGAUAUAGUUGGGUUGGAUUCUGCACCGCUCUCUCAUCGGUAGGAAGAGGAUGUCACCACAGACCUCUUGACAUGUAUCUCCAAAUUCAACUCUUUGAUUUAAGGAAGAAGAUGCUUGUUCCAAUCUCUGGGUGUUGUGCCCAUAUAGCUGGUUAUUUCUAAAAUAGCUGAAUAUGUUCGCCCUCUGUUGUAUGAAUGGAAAUAAUAUGAAGCAGUCUGAACAUCAAAGAUUUGAUAUGUAGGUAUGUAGAUACACGUGGGGUCCUGGUUCGUGACCGGCAGCUCAUAAAGUUGGAGGUGUUGUGUCGGCGUUGUGUUACUUUAAACUCCCCUUCCCCUCCUACCCUCCACUCCCAGUCUGCCAGUCAUUCAGGCAGAAAUUAGGACUUAAUCGCACAACAAAUGCAAGAUUGGAGUUUGGGGUCCUUGAUAGGCCGGUCUUCAUCAGCUUGAGAUUGCUAAAUAUCACGCUAUUUUCAGACGCGGGAUAUUAUUCCUAUGCUCGAUAUCGCGCCUUCACCAGACCGAUACGCUGAUCACAAACUAGCUUGAAAAAUAAUCUCAAGAUUGACGCAUGUGCACUUCAGAGUGCGGAUUUAAGAUUUUACCCGCGCUGUAAACCGUAAACAAGUACCGGCUGUGCAUGCAUGCAGUGCAUGUUAGAGCAUGUGCUACGAGCUAGUUCAUUUACAAACACCGAAAACCGGAAAUCGUUGUGCAUGAUGGGAUCAGGAUAUUUGAAUCCGUACUUCGGUCUGAUGAAGACGGGCACAAACUAUCCAGCUAUUUGGGAAAUAGCUGGAUAUUUUGCAAACUAGACCAAGAUUUCUUGGGAUAUCAAAUUAGCUGAAUAAUUUGCAAUCGGGAUAGUUCAAAUAGGGGAUAUUUGGGAAUCUCAAGCUGAUGAAGACAGGCCUGAUGUGUACUUUGUUAAACCUUAAGAAAACAUCUUGGAGAUAAUUGGGUAUGUCAAAUAACGAAAAGGGAAGAUGAUAUAUUUAUUUCACUUUUUUUGGAGGAUAUGUAUUUCUUCGUAAUUGAGACAUGUGCAUAUACCAUAUUGUGCCUAAAAUUCAUUUAAUGUUCUUUGGAUUUUGUUAUUAGUCAUCCUCAAGAGGACUGCCCUCCCAAAAAAAUGCUCCUCUAUUUCAAUCUUUUAAAUCAUUUAACUGUCCUUCAAACAACACAUCUCUAUACAUUUAAUAAGAAAAAAGU